AUGUCAACAGCGGUCGCGACAGCGCUUCCCGUCUUGUCAAGGCCACCCAUGGAUCCGCCGACUACAGCGCUCCCGCCACUGCCUUCCAGCAAACCAAGGAAGAGCCCUCCCAUGGUAACCAAGGCCUCUGAAGACUCCAAUACGACUUUGAGUCCUACGAAGCUACGUUCACCUUCGGCUACACUGCGACCUUCGGCAUUGCCAGCUCCUCAACAUUCUGCUUCUACACCCACUGUACCAACCCUCCGGUCAGCCUCUUCACUUGGGAAGGCCAGUGGAUCAAUCCCAGAGAAGACCGUCCGAAAGACCAUCAGUAUCGCCUCCUUUCCUCAGCCGCCGAAGCCAGCCUCCAUGCAAACCACUGCAGCCUCAGUCAGCUCCAGUCCGGUCUUUAGGAGAGGCGUAUCAGAUGUGUUGAACCCUGGUACCAUGGGUAGCAAUCGACUCAAGCGGCCAUCACGAGUCGGUACAGCUACAACGGUCAGCAGCUAUCGAGGCUCACAAACACCAAGUUUGCUCAACGGAGAUGGAGAGGGCAAGUCAAUACCUAUUUCUUCCAGCCACCGAGUAUCCGACGGAAGCAAUCCUUCUCCACCUCACAGCCGAAGUUCUUCUGCUCAAGGGUCAUGCUCUACGAGCGCCACUACCUUUGAGGACACAGACGAUGUACCUCGCCGAAGUCGUGAAGAUGCAGAUGAAGCGCAAGAUAACGAAAGAAAUCCGAGGGGCAAGGAGGCCAAGGGUAAUGUAGUUGUCAGCGUGCGUGUUCGGCCCGACUCGAGCGCUCAGGAAUCCUCGCAAGCGGAUGGUGAAUGGAUGGUUGACGGCAGGAGGUCGCUUGUCGCCUAUCGAGGUAGAGAAGGUGGUGACUAUCAUUAUGACAAUGUUUUCGCGACGCAUGACAACAACGCCAAAGUCUAUGAUUCAUCCGCAAAGCGGCUGGUGCGAAGGGUGAUGGAGGGUUACCAUGGCACCGUUUUCGCUUAUGGCAUGACUGGAACGGGAAAGACAUUUUCCAUGCAAGGGACUGCAACAAGUCCAGGUGUCAUCCCCCUUGCAAUCACAGAUAUAUUCUCCUACAUCCGUGAAACUCCCCACCGAGAAUUCCUCCUUCGCGUUAGCUACCUCGAGAUCUACAACGAGAAAAUCCACGAUCUCCUCUCUCCACCAACCACCGGCACCGGUAUGGCCGCACCACAACAGGAAGAAAUCAAACUUCGAGAAGACAGCAAACGAGGAGUCUACGCAACACCCUUGAAGGAAGAGAUUGUGCAAAGCCCCACUCAACUCCUGCGCGUGAUUGCUCGAGGCGACCAUGCUCGCCGUACUAGCAGCACGCAGUACAAUGCUCGGAGCUCGCGAAGUCAUGCAGUCGUUCAGAUCGUUGUCGAAAGCCGCGAGCGUGUCCCACUGGGUGGUGCUGUAGUGGAUUUCAAAAGAGCUGCUGUGACCCCCGGGGGAGUUCGUGUGUCGACCCUCAGCCUGAUUGACUUGGCAGGUUCCGAACGAGCUGCCGAAAGCAAAGAACGACGUGCAGAAGGAGCCCACAUCAACAAAAGUCUGCUCACUCUGGGUACGGUCAUUGCGCGGCUGUCGGAGGACAAGGACAGAAGCGGCAACCCCACGGACAAAGAUGGAAAGCAUUUACCAUAUCGCGACAGCAAGCUGACUCGACUUCUGCAGGGGGCACUCUCUGGCAACUCGUUGGUUUCUAUCCUUUGCACCAUCCAGAUCGGCUCCCAGGGCAGUGCCGCCGCCGCCAACAAUCAUACUGGGGAAACGCUCAACACGCUCAAAUUUGCUGCACGAGCUAAGAACAACAUUGUCAGUCAUGCGAAAAGAGCAGAAGAAGCUGUUGGAAGUGGAGCCAACGCUGGUCUACUAGAUCGUUAUCGCAGCGAGAUCCAAAACCUGCGCGCUCAGCUCGAGACUCAACAGAAGGCUCAGGUAGAGAAAGAGGAGAAGCAGCUGGAAAAAGAAGCGGAGCAAAGACACGAGGAGCAAAUGCUGGAGAUGCAGCUUGCGCGCACCGCUUUGAAGGAGCGCAUCGAGCAUCUCAACCGACUCAUCCUCUGCUCCAAAUCGACCGGGGUCAAUACCGCUGGUAGUGGAACUGUGUCAGCCUUGGGCAUGCACUCUCGUCUGUCGGGUGGUACUACUACCGAUUUUGCUGGAGGCCGAUCUGUGCGUUCAUCCGUCAGCCAGUCUACCUUGGGUAGUCCAGGGGCAGGUCUGUACCGCAAUCCUUCUGUGGGCUCGGUGACAGCAGCCCAGCAGCAGACGCUUGCAGCAUUGAAUGCUGAGGAUGAAGACUCCGUUGCGGGCGAAUUUGCGGAUGGGUUUGCCAGCUUGCAGGCACAAAAUCGUGCUCUUCAGGCGGAUUUACAGGACAAGAAUCGGUACAUUUCAACCUUGGAAAAAAGGCUACUUCAAGCUCGACGAUCCAGCUACUCGCGCAUGUCAAUGGCGUUCUCGUCGCUGAACAAAGCUGGUGGGCAGGAUGAACGGGAAGCCGCUGCGGUGGUACGGGAGAAAGAUGCGGAAAUCGCUGACCUGCGCGCUCGGCUGGAUGAUAAAGAGCGAAUGGUCACAGCGCUACGAUCGGCAACCCGGAAGCGCGAGCUGGCCGAGCUUACACCUGAAUCGUCAGUGACAGAGCAGUCAAGGGGGUCUGGAGAUCAGAGCCACGGCAGCAAGACCAAUUCUAUCAUCAGCAACUCGUCGCCUGUUCAUCCCAUAGGUCCCAAGGGGCUACUUUCGCCACAGACCACACCACAAGGCAAGACGAAACGCAGAAGCGUGGACGAAAUGUCGAAGAUGUUAGACGAGAUGAUCCAGGACAAGGUGGAAAGCGGCCAUAUUGUGAAGGGGCGAAGUGGUUCGGUUCGAGUAGCUGCUGGUCACUCCAGACGACAAUCAAGCACACAUCUACGCCGCCAGUCCUCGGCGGCCACGACACCUCCAUUGGCAUCACUCAGUAGUGCGGCAGAAGAUGCUAAGUUGGAAUAG